AUGUGCAGACUCUACCUAUACACCACUCUCAAGAUCAACGAAAUACUCGCUGUCGUUUAUCAUACCCAGAACGUGGAAAACUCCCCAGGCAAAGACUCGGCUCAGAAGAAGCUCAAAGAGCUUCUUGACAAGGAAUACCGAUGGCUUAAGCCAGCUGACGAGAACGACAUGUCCAGACGAUACGCUCAACUACUCCAGUCGCCAACCAGAUCAAACCCUCAGAUUAGCUCGAUCAUGACCCGCCCAAGCUCUCGUUCAGAUCCUCCUCCGUAUUCGAGCAAUUCUUCACCCGCGCCCAUCAAGUCCGAGAGGGAGGUCCACUCUGCAACUCUUGAGAACAUGCCUGAAUACUCCUGGAGCCACAGCAGUACACCAAACCUGGCGUUGGGUUCACCUUCAGCAAACUUAUCUGUUCCUGGAGCGGGUGAGCAGUAUGCCGGUAGCUCACGCCGCCGAUCCUCGGCCAGCCCAGGGACGAACCUUCAUCCAGCCAUGUACCUAGAGAGGCAGGGAUCGGUGAUGUCUACAUCUACUAACCAAACUACAGGCUCGUUCAACCGACUGCUUCCUGACUACUCUGAAUCUUAUGUCGACUCUGUCCGAAAGCUUGUAAAAAGAUACACUGCGCCUCUUGGGUCGUCGACGUUGGAGCGGAUGGUACCUCAGUCGACUGUGUGGUAUAAUGACGUUGAUGCACCAUCUUGUCAACCCGGUCGGCCAUUUCCACUUCCGGGGGAUUUCCUCACUCUUGACGUCCACCUCCAGCAGCAGGGGCCUUGCUUCCCGCAAUCCGAAGAGCACAACUACCGAUGGUGCCUAUGCCACGUUCUCGCGGAGAUUCCAGAGCAGUCUUGGGUCAUGUCUCAAGGUCCCACCCCGUUCGCACAUCAGUUGCUGACUGCUGGGUUACCGCCUUCCCAGGCAGGGUACCGGGACGCCUAUGGAAACACUGCCUUGCACUUUCUUGCCGCGAGAGGAUUUCUCGAUCCUUUGCUUAAUGCUCUCAAUGCUCAACCCAUGUCAGCUGUGGCCAACGCCAAGAAUAGCGUUGGGCAGACCUUUGUCCAUGUUCUCCCUCCAUCACUGCUGGGGGACUUGGACGCAACCUGCCGACUGCUGGACUUUCUCCUUAACAAAGUGUUUCCUGAUGGCCAGAGGUUCAAUAUUGGCGCUCGUGAUGACUAUGGCCGGACCAUUUUCCACCUGCUGUUAUCCCUGGACCUCUCGCGAAACGCGUUACAGUUUCUUUUGCAGCGGUACGGCGGAGUGUUCCAUGCCCCGAGAGACGCAUUCAACUUGAUGCUCGUCGGCCAGGAACCCAUUCCUUAUGACCCUUCGCACCAUGCAACAUCCCAACGCUCGAGCCCAGAGUCGUCCGAUUCUGAGAGAGAGAUAUCCCCUGGUGCUGAGCCUUAUUACAAGGAAGCCCGUCUUUUAGAACUGGCUCGGAACGCUUUGGACAAGCCGAAGAAGGAAGACUCGGAAGGUCGAAAUGGGCUCCAUUGUCUUGCGAUGGCAUCGCUCAGCAAGGCCACCGCCGUCAACAAAGCUGAGCAGAGCAACCGAAACUCCCCACCACGUCUGAGGAGAAGGGUCCAAACAGUACAUGGGAUUAUUGAUUCGUCAAUUGACCGACUCAAUUUCCGACAUAAACUAGUGGCAGAGCUGCUGAGCAGCGGUGUCGAUCCGAACCAUUACGAUAGCAACGGGAACACGCCACUUAUGGCAUUCACUGCUGAAUUGCCCGAAGACGAUGAUUACAAAACCGGACCCAUGAUACUGGACCUGCUCUUGAAAAAUGGCGCGGACGUGAAUGCCCGAAACAGGGGUGGAGAGACCGCGCUGCAUAUCGCUGUGCGAUGUGGACGGAAGCUUGCAGCAAGGGCUUUGAUCGAACACGGAGCUAAUGUGCACGCCCGGGAUGCUGCGGGAAGGAGCGUUCUCAUGGUUGCUGACGAAAAGAUGAAGAGCGCUCGGGAGGAUGACGCCAAGGAGUAUGCGCACUUGGAAGCCUGCCGUGCCUAUUUGAGCGGCAAGGCAGGGGCUGUGCAGGAACCAACCGUGCUCCAGGAAUGGGGAUCCCGGUCGAUGUGA